GCGGCGCAGGGAUCCGUGCCGUGCUGAGGCUGAGCUGAAUGAGAUUGAAGAAGAGUUCUUCUUGUUUUGUAGCUUCAGUUUCUCUGUUUUUUACACAAAUUUACUAAAACUAAAUAUAAAAUACGGCAACAAAAUAAAGCUCCGCGGGAAGGAGCGAGCCGGACUGUUUAUAUGCUGUUAUUCCAUCGUGGAUCGGCUUCUUAUAGAUAUAUAUUUAAUUAAUCUAGAGGAGGACUGCUGCUGAGGCAGCACAGAGGGGUGGAGUCCAGUCCCACAGCCAGGUGCGGCACUUUAAUGCUUCAGUUGGAUGGUUUUCCUACUGGAGACGGUGUUAAGGCUGAUCGAUCGGCUGGCAGACUGACUGGAUCCAUGAUGGAAUUACAGACGUUACAGGAGGCCCUGAAGGUGGAGAUCCAGAUCCAUCAGAAACUGGUUGCCCAGAUGAAGCAGGACCCUCAGAACGCAGAUCUGAAGAAGCAGCUCCACGAACUUCAAGCCAAGAUCACAGCGCUCAGUGAGAAGCAGAAAAAGGUAGUGGAGCAGCUGAGGAAGGAGCUGUUGGUGAAACAGGAGCCAGAGGCCAAGCUGCAGCUGCACGUCCAAACUCCUCCAGUAGGUGGCGACAUCAAGCCGGCCAACCUGCUGCAGAGCCAGCAGAUACCUGGAGGACUGCAGCAGACCCUGACAGUCACGCCGGUCCUCACCACGAAGACUCUACCUCUGGUGCUGAAAGCUGCCGCCACGCCUGCCCUGCCCGGCUCUGUCCUGCCACAACGCCCGCCCACUGUCGCUAUGGUAACCACAGCUAUCACCAAACCCGACUCGCAGAACGCCCCCAUCAACCUGCAGGUGGCCAGCAAGCUGACCAAUCAGAGCUCGGAGCCCGUGCGACUGGUAUCCAAGAACGCCAUGGUGGUGCAGGCCACCACCACCACCGCCCAGCCAAUCAAAGUUCCUCAGUUUGUCCCUCCUCCUAGACUGACGCCUCGACCCACCUUUCAGCCACAGGUCAGGCCAAAACCGGCCACACCCACCAACAUCCACAUCGCCCCGGCCCCUCCCCCGCCCAUGAUGGCGGCCCCACAGCUGCUCCAGAGGCCCGUCAUGUUGGCGACCAAGUUGUCAUCCUCGCUGCCCUCGGCGGCUCCCAUCCACCAGGUCCGCAUCGUCAACGGACAGCCCUGCAGCAAGACCGGCACCACCCCGCUGACGGGCAUCGUCAUCACCACGCCGGUCUCCACUGCACCCACCCGCCUCGCCAGCCCCGCCCAGGCGCCCAGCCUCACCCCUAUCCUCACCCCAACUCCCGCCCAGCCCAUCCAGAUCAGCAGCCUGACCCCUGAGCCCAAGCAGACUGUUAAACCAGGAGGUGGAGCCGAGCAGAAGGUGGUUGUCACCCUCCCCUCCUCCUCCACUCCCCCGUUGUCUCCUCCUCCUCCCCGACCUAAGAAAGAGGAGAGUCCAGAGAAACUGGCCUUCAUGGUGUCUCUGGGCCUCGUAACACACGACCACUUGGAAGAAAUUCAGAGCAAAAGACAGGAGAGGAAGAGGAGAACGACGGCCAACCCGGUGUACAGCGGCGCCGUGUUUGAACCUGAGAGGAAAAAGAGUGCAGUGAGUUACCUGAACAGCCCUCUGCACCAGGGGACCAGGAAGAGAGGUCGCCCACCCAAAUACAGCAGCGUCCCGGAGCUGGGCAGCCUCACCCCGACCUCCCCCUCCAGCCCCGUCCGUCCCCUCCCCCUGCCCAGCCCCAGCUCUGGGGAUGGAGACAUCCAUGAGGAUUUCUGCACUGUGUGCAGACGCAGUGGCCAGUUGCUCAUGUGCGACACGUGUUCUCGUGUUUAUCACCUGGACUGCCUGGAUCCACCCCUGAAAACCAUUCCUAAAGGCAUGUGGAUCUGUCCAAAAUGUCAAGAUCAGGUAACCGCAGCAGCCGUGACUGAUCCUGAGUCAGGGGGAAAGAGAAGGGCCAAUCAGGGCCAGCAGCUGUACUUGACUGUAAAAUCUGCUUUGUGCCACUCUGUCCUGAACUGUAGGACUGUUCAAUCCUUUAUCCUGAAGAAAGAAGAAGCCAUUCCCUGGCCUGGUACUCUGGCUAUUGUUCAUUCCUACAUCGCCUACAAAGAAGCUAAAGAAGAGGAGAAACAGAAGCUGAUGAAAUGGAGUUCUGAACUGAAACUGGAGCGAGAGCAGCUGGAGCAGAGAGUCAAACAGCUCAGCAACUCCAUAACAAAAUGCAUGGAGACCAAAAACAGCAUCCUGGCUCGUCAGAAAGACAUGCAUCUCUCCCUGGAGAAGGUCAAACACCUGAUUCGCCUCAUCCAAGCCUUCAAUUUCAACCAGGCUCUGGCAGAGACAGAGGUGAAGGAGGCCAGUGCCAGAGUCCAGGACGGUGCUGAAGUUGCAGUUGGCUCUGAAGCAGCACCAGAAGCUAACUCUGCGGAGAAAGCGAAGGCUGGGAGCUCCUCAACCAGCAGCAGCACUGAUGGAGACAACAAACCAGAGGAGCACGGAGCCGUAGGGAACAACCAGACAACAGGAGCAGCAGGAGCAGCAGGAGCAGCAGGAACAGCAGGAACAGCAGGAGCAGCAGGAGGAGCAGGAGCAGCAGGAGGAGCAGCAGCAGGAGACACCGACAGCCAGGCUGUCCUAGAAGACAGCGCAGUCCUGACAGCAGAAAACAGCCCUGGUGUGGGGGCAGCAGGGGGUAAGGCAGGGCCUGGUGAUGGCGUAGGGGGAGGGGGUGACACAGGGACUGGCCUUCAGGUGGAGGCUGUGGCGAAGCCUGAGACUGACGCAGCUCCGGUGGUUGACAUUCCCGCUCCCUCAGUGGUCGCGCCUGUUGCCACCACCAACGGUACGGCCGAGCCGGCCUGCCCCGACCACAGCCCCGCAGGAGCCUGCACCACCAACGCCACCACCAACUCUGAGAACAAGAUGGCUGCCGUCAACCCUCCAGAGACAGCGGUGGAGAAGAAACAGGAGGAGGUCACUGACAGUGACGGCAGCAGCAACAACAACAACAGCAAAACCUCAGAACCCUCCCAGCAUUCUUUGCCAGCUCUCGUCAGCAGUUUGGACAAUAAAAAGUAAUGCUACGUCUCUGCGGGAAUUCAAACAUAUAUAUUAAAAAAAAAAAAAAGACUUUUGCUUGCACCGUCCGGUGCCCUGAAGUUGCCAAUCUGUAUAAAUGUUGUUUGUUUGCAUUGUAUUGUCAGACUGUGUCAAUGGUAGAUAUACAGCCCAAGUCACAUGACUCUGGGAAGACGUAGGCUGCUCCACCCACAGAGCUGGGCUACAGGAAGGCUUACGCACCAGUGUCAUCAUGCCAAUUAGUGAUAGACGUCAGUGGUGGGAAUGCUCAAAGGGAGAUUUAAUUCAUCAUCACACCAGUGUGUGCCUGUUAUAGUGGCCCCUGUGUUCUCUUGUGGGGGGGGGAGGGGGGUGGGUUCAUAUGGGCACGGAGAAAACCGAGAACAUGGAACCAAACAUCUGUCAGGGGUUACUGGUCUACAAAGCAGUGUUGUGAUAGAGUAUGAGUACUGAAAAGAGAGCCUGUUCAUCCCCUCGUCCCAACAAACUUAAUGUGAACAACCUUUUACUUCUGCAGUCCCACCACCCCGAACUCCUCUAAACCUCUACCAACAAGUCUUAUCCCUAAACCCUCCUUUGCCUGAUCUUUAACAGACUUCCCCAUCAAAUACAUCUUCAGUCAAAAAAAACGUUCCUGUCCAGUCCGCCAACGAUUCAGUCGAACCUUUCUCUUAAAUCUAAAAAAGCUUCAGUAUGCUUCAAAUGAACUGCGUGUCUUAUGAACACAUCUGAAGGCAAAAAUGUUCAUCUGUUCUGAAUGGCCACACUUGAAGGCGAGGUUAAAACUCUGAGGGAUGUGUUGAAUUCAAGAAAGGGGGUCACAGCUCACAGUUUCAGACAGUCUCUCCGAGAGGACGUCAUGGUGUUGCACUUGUUUGUACACACCAAACAAAAAAGAAAAGAAGGUGAAACCAUUACCACUUUGUCACAACAGCUCACCUGGCCCCUUACUGCAUUAAGGAUGUGAGAUGUCGAAAAUGUGGAGGAGGCUAAUGUCUUUAUACAAACUUCCUUAACUUCACAAACUAUCCACAGUCUACUGAAAACCAUGACCUCUCCCAAUCAACCAGUAACCUCCCACUAAAACUGAAACCUGUCAUUUCCUGUCCGCCAACAAUUCCAAUGUGACCUCCCUCACCAAAAGGUUUCAGUUGCUUCAAAUGAGCUAGUUUGUACAAAGUGUCGUCCGAAUGCCAACACUGGAAGGCGAGUUAAAAAGCUGGUUAUUGUUAUUGGAAAACCUGGACUUGCCUUCCCAGUCCACCAUAAUCCAAUGUGACAUCCCUUUUAAACGCCAACAAACAAACUUUACAGCCCUAAUCCAUGAACCAACUACUCACCUCUUUCUCUCCAGUCAAUCGAUGACUUUAAAAUUCCAAUCCCAAUCCAGUUCCUAUGUAUGUCUGGACAUGUCUGGGAAGUCUUGUUCACUUCUGAUGCUGUUUAAUGUGUUUGUCUGAAGCGUACUGAUUCCUUUAGAUCAACGUACUCUAACCUCCCCAUCAACCAGCAAGUUAAACCUUCAAGUCUUCAGUCAACAGAAAAACCUUUACCAUUUACUGAUGGUGACUAAACCCAAACUUACCUUCCUUCAGUCCAGCAACAGUCAAAUGUGACCUCCCCUCUAAACACCCAACAGCUCACUAUGCUUAGAGUAAAUUAGCUGAAAUGAAGUGCCCUCUAAAUCUUCACACAGGAAGGCGAGGUUGAAAACUUGUCAGUGUAGAGAUGUGCGAGAUGAGAUGAAUUCUAGAAAUGGGUAUAACGGAGCUCACUGUUGGAUGGUCGCACUCGAUUGUUCACGGUCUCACCACCAGUUUAGGAAAGUUACAAAAUUUUGCGGAUGUACUCCUUCGAUUGCAGCGUCUGAACGGUCAAACACUGUCAAGUGCUCCAUCAAACACUUUGUUUAUGCCAGCAUCCGUAGCCCCCCGGUCAGUGACUCAGACUGUGUUCAGACAACCAAUAUAUUACUAUAUCAUAAAAGUGUCAUACAAACACGUACUGACGCCUUUAAACCAACAUCCCCCCUAUCUCUAAAACCCAAAUUUACCUUCUUCAUUUGACUGAUAGUGAUCUUAAACCAACAAGGAUUCAGUAUGCUUCAAACAAAUUAGUUUGAACACAGUAUAGCCAAACAGAACAUUACAAAAAGGACUCCUAUAACUCUUCACAAACCCAUGCGACCACAAGUUGUUCCUACCACCAGGAAGUGAGCAGGGCCAGUUUUGAAGCCUGAUUUCGUAGUGGUCAAAUAGUGUAAUUGCACCGUCACGUGAUGCCCUGCAGUCCAAAAA